CCCGUUGACGUUUGCGGACUUCCAAUGGAUGCCCCUUCCCCCGUCCGGUCGAUUGUCGAAACCGCAUUGCAACGUGCUCAUGGCACAAUUGCGGAAUUACUUGCGCACUGCAGUACCAACUCCGUUGAUGGACGCCGGAGUAGAGGUUGUCGACCGUCACGCCUACAUUGCGAAGAACGACCGCGAGUUCAAGACACAACGGUACGACGACAUCGACGCGCCAUUGUUGUACAUACGCAUUCARAUCGGAGAGGMGACCUGCAACGCUUUGAUCGAUUGCGGAGCUACUCGCAACUACAUGAGCCAAGACUUUAUGGUACGCGCUGGCCUUGGGCCAUGCGUUCGGAGGAAGUCGCAACCCACGCAAGUCACGUUGGCCGACGGCCACACGCACAAGUCAAUCGAUCGGUGCAUUGAUGCCGUCCCCGUGUACUUUGCCCCGCAUGCAAGCGAGGCCGUGUCUUUCGAUAUUUUGGACACCAAGUUCGACAUGAUCUUGGGCAUGUCAUGGCUGCGAAGCGAGGAUCACCUGGUGAACUUCUACCAUCGCACCGUUCACGUUCGUGAUCGGAACGGAGUACUAGUCCCAUGCACGGUGCCUCCUCCUCACCCUUCGAUCAGCUGCCACGUGGUGUUCGCCGCAAGCAUUCGAGCAUCCAUCAUCCGGGAUGACAUCGAGGAGAUGGGGGUGUGUUUUCUCCACGCCCUCCCGCCCCAAGACAUUCCAUCGACGGACUCACCACCGGACCCACGCAUCACUGAGCUUCUCGACGCCUACGGCGACGUGUCCGAAACACCGCACGGAGUAGUACCGGAUCAACCCAUCCGCCACGAGAUCAUCCUCGAGGACGGGGCCGUACCUCCGCGUGGUUGCAUCUACCGCAUGAGCGAGGAAGAGUUAAGUGUGCUAAGGGCACAACUCAACGAUCUUCUCGAGAAAGCCUGGAUUCGGCCUAGCUCUUCGUCAUACGGUGCUCCCGUUCUCUUCGUCCGGAAGAAGAACAAGGACUUGCGGAUGUGCAUCAAUUAUCGCAAGCUCAACUCGCAAACCGUCAAGAACGCCGACCCUCUCCCGCCCAUCGACGACCUCCUGUAAGGGUUGGGCGGCACCAAGUUGUUCUCCAAGCUUGACCUC